CUAGAUGUCUGAAUGUUUCCUCCCAUUUUGACUUGGUCGUCACAAUCUGCAUAUGUACGUGUGUGUUUGUUUAGUUAAGAUCCCUGAGGAAAAGUGGUGGUGGUCCUGUUCUUGACGAGUGCAUGAGUGUGAGUAAUGUGGAAAGUUUGGCAGAGAAAGCAAGAGAGAAAGCCGGAGGGAACGAAAUAAGCUUGGCCGUCCGGUCUCCAGGAAUUUGUUAAUAGUCAUUUUCUAUCUGUUGCUCCUCUCUGCAUGUAUGCGUCUCCUUCCGCUCUCACCGACAAACAUUUCAAUUAGUGAAAUGAACUAAAACCCCACUUUUUCAAGGAUUAUUAUAAAUAAUAGUACGACACGCGUACUUCGAGAGGUCUUGACUUCCUACAUAUUCCUUUAAUAAAUAGGAUCACUGCUAAAGUACGCUGGAUUUCUGCUUGGUGAGACAAAUGUCUCAAAAUUUCCAGGUAGUGCGUACCACUUUUAGUUUUGGGGUGCUAUUACUUGUUGUGGCGUGCUUUACACCAGUGCGUGGACUACAAUGUCACACUUGCAUGUUUGUCGGGGGUGUGCUGAAGGAUUUAAAGUGCAAGGAUGUCGUCCACCUAACCACCACCAAGGCUACGUAUCGUCCCUGCAACAAUGAUGGCGAUGCUUUAAACGAGAAGGAAAUCAUCACUGUUAAGCAAAUGACGCCCGAAACCCAGUUUAAACUUGGCUGUCUCAAAACUAUUAUAAAAACGGAAACCGGAGUUGACAUCAUGAUCCGGGGAUGUUACGGCAAGGAGCAAGGGAAGAAGGAAAGUUCGCGAUAUUCCGACCCCAACAAUUUCAACAAUAUGUGCGAAUCUCCACGUCCCAAUUUCUGGAAGCAGUUAAGGGACGGGCCACUCGCAAAUGCAAAGAAACCUGUCGACGUGACCAACGCCCAGCUGGAAGUUUGCCUCUGUUCGGACGCGGAUGGUUGCAAUGGGGUCAUGUCAACCUUAUUGACCUUGAAGAAGGGAGGGCUUCUCACCCUGUUGAGCGUCAUGAUGGUGGGUGUGAUGGCAUUCAUUUUUGUGGAUUAGCUAAAUUAGUUGAAGACUCAUUAAUUAUUUUACUAUUUAUAUUUAACAAAAUAAACUAUUUACAAUCCUUCUUGAUUUGAUAUUUUAUUA